UGUGUCAAUUUGCGCUUCAUGUUAUGCGAUCCGAAAUAAUGAAGGAUCUCGUCUACCAGGCCAUAAUCUACUUGAGGAAACUUUAAUAGUAAGGUAAAUUCAACUUCUUUGGCGUAGCUUUAUGGAACGAACCAUAAUAGAUGAGAUAAGGAAUCGCGUGGAGUCGUAAAGUAGACCGACUAUAUAUAUAUAUCCCUAUAUGAACUGCGCUAUUCGGACCACGUACCCUUUCAUCCAAAGUAUCGCUGUGUGACUUUUUGUCAAUUCCAUUCUUUUUAACACGUUAUCAAAUAUCAAUACAUUCUUUUCUCAUCACAUUCCUUUACAAAUUUCUCCAUCAACCAUGUCGCUUCACUCAUUUCUCGGAUUGUCAUUGUUGACUCUCGCUUCUGUAGCCCAGGCGCAAGAUUGUCCUCUUCAAUUUGAAGGACGUGUACCAGUAGGCACCACGCCAACUGCAUUUGAUAACUCCAAUACAAGUCUCUACAAUCCCAGUUACAACUUUGGUGCCAAUCUCACAUGGAGCCAAAUUAUCAAAUUCCCAACUGAUAUUCCUACUUCUUUGUAUGAUGGAAACUCAACUACACCCUUCGAGGUCACCCUCUCUGAUGCCUCCAUCUUUGCUCCCUCAUCAACCAAUGUACAAGUUGGAUUUCGUCGUGCCGAAUUGUUGCCAUUAUCCAAUAACGGUAGUGAUGCUUCCACCACAGGCAUUAAAACUCUUCAUUUCUCCAUCAUGAAGGAUGCCUCUCGUCCAUUGAAUCUCAGUCACGAGUAUCAAAUUGCUUUCCUCGAAAGUGCAGAUUUCAGCACCAAUCAAUUUGUGUUGAAGACAGGUACCAUUUUGGGCACAAACAACACAGAUUCCAAUGUUUUGAGAGUCGUCGGAAACGUGAAUGAGGGAGCAACCGAACUUUUCACCACUGCUUUUACCGAUGGAUGGCACAAUUUUGGUUUGAAAUUGGACUUUACCGCAAACACAACCCAAGUAUUCUACUCUACCUCCUCCAAGGCUCUUAAGUCAGUGACUAAAGCUUUAACCAAUGAUAUUUCUGGACAAGGACAAUAUCACUUCGGUUUAUUGAAAAAGCCAACAGAUUUCGCCGCUGGUGCAGAUGUGUCUAAGAAUGGAUUCCAGGAAAGUGGUAUCAAUGAGGGAUUGAUCUUUGGUGGUAUUUUCAUGGAAGAUAGCGAGAAUUGCGAUGCAGAUGUGUGUGUUGAGACUGAGUAGGAUGGGUAAGGAGGAUUUUGUUUCUCGACCACAAUCAUUCGCUCUGGUAGUGUAACGCUGAAUCUUGAAAUAUUAUCCAACCUUUAAUACCUUGGUAUUGAUCUGAUUGUAUAUACUGGCUUUUUUGGAAAUGCUACGUUCUACGCUGUAAAUUUGCAAAUAUAGACGAAUAGACACAACUCGAGAUCUGACGUUGAUCAAACCA